UGUCUUCUUCUAAACAGAGCGUAAGUCAAAUGUUAAAAUCAGCACUUAGGGUCAUAAACGGUGUAUCUAUUAAAACCAAUUUGGUUGACUCCUGCAAGAAGAUUCAGGUUAGGCUAUGAAAUUGAAUUUAUCUGUAUACCAUAAUAAUCUAAACCCACUUCCAUUACCCAAAUUUUGGUGCCACCUUAAUCACACUUGCUACAAGUUUGAUCUUCCAAUCAUCUAGGAAGUGUGUGAGGCUUAGUUGGUAAAGCAUCAUCUUUGCAUGUCCACACAAAAAAUUCACCCUGUCCUCAUUCAAUCUAUCAGAAUCCAGAAUACCCUUUUCAUGAUAAAACCAAACUCAUUCUAAAGAGGAGUCAAAUCAAGCAAAUUGCAGAAAACAUCACAAUGGAAGGCAAGGUGUUCUUAGUGACUUUGCUCCUAUUGUUGCUGAUUUCAUCAGUAACCCCAACAGAUAACCAAAAUCUUCUUGCAGCCACUGAGGAGAUGCAAAGAGCAAACUACUUUACCUUUGUAAUGCUCGUCAAAAUGUCCCAACCAGACACAAGGCUUGAAGGGAACGUUACUUUCUUGAUGCCCAAUGACCGAAUGCUCGCGAACAUGAAUUUGCAAGAAGGAUAUGUUUCAAGCUUCUUGCUCAGGCAUUCAAUACCAUCACCUUUGCUCUUUGGUACCUUGGAACAGUUCCCAACAGGGACUACAAUUCCAACUUCAUUGCCAAAUUGCAUGCUGAGAAUCUCUAACAAUGGUAGGAGGAAUUUUGCACUCAACAAUGUGAAAAUUAUCAGUCCAAAUUUAUGUGUUGCUGGAUCUUCAAUUAGAUGUCAUGGCAUUGAUGGUGUAAUCUCAGAAUCUUGUAUAUCAGUUUAUAAUAACUAUAGUGCUCCUCUUGCUCCAUCUCCAAUUCCAUGUCCUAACAUCACAGACCCUUCUUAUAAGGCCUCACCUCCAAUUCCAUCUCCUUCACUCCCUUCAGCUCCUCCUAGUAGAGACAACCUUAGUCCUCCAACAUUAAUAGCCCCAAACCCAACAGAGGCAAAUAUUAGGCCAGAGAAAUCAGGGUCUCCCAACAAAGUUUCUUAUUAUGGUUCAUUGAGUUUUGUCACCUGUUUGAUGAUAUCUCUAAUUGUAAUUGGGUUCAACUUUUAAUUUAACCAAUUCAAUUCAAUAUUUUAUUUUGAUCAGUAUAUUGUAAUGAAU